CUAACAAUAACACACAUUGAGAGUUGUGUAUAUGGAGGAUAGUAAAUAUGAAGUUGAAGAAUGUAGAGGUGUACUUAGGGUAUAUAGUGAUGGAACUAUACUAAGAUUAACUAAGCCAAGUUUUGAAGUUCCUAUACAUGAUGAUGGUUCAAUUCUUUGGAAAGAUGUUGUAUUUCAAGCCAUGUAUAAUCUUCAACUCCGGCUCUACAAGCCGGCUUCUCCUAUCUCCGCGGCUAAGCUCCCCGUCUUCUACUACAUUCACGGGGGUGGCUUUUGCAUUGGCUCUCGUGCGUGGCCUAACUGUCAGAACUAUUGUUUCAAGCUAGCUUCCGAGCUCCAAGCCGUGGUUAUCUCUCCUGACUAUCGGCUAGCUCCUGAGAACCGGCUCCCAGCCGCUAUUGAAGAUGGUUACGCGGCUGUGAAAUGGCUUCAGGACCAAGCCGUGUCUGACGAGCCAGACACGUGGCUUACGGAUGUUGCCGACUUUAGCCGAGUUUUUAUUUCGGGUGACUCGGCUGGUGGCAACAUCGCACAUAAUUUGGCAGUUCGGCUUCAAGCCGGCUCAGCUGAGCUGGAUCCAGUUCGAGUUAGGGGUUAUGUUUAUUUGCUUCCUUUCUUUGGAGGGACUAUAAGGACAAAAUUUGAAGCUGAGGGGCCUAAAGAUGCUUUCUUAAACAUUGAGCUCAUUGACAGAUUUUGGAGGCUAUCAAUACCAAUUGGAUCAACAACUGACCAUCCACUUGUGAACCCAUUUGGGCCUAACAGCCCAAAUUUGGAAAAAAUUAAUCUUGACCCAAUUCUUGUGCUUGUUGGAGGAUGUGAUCUUCUUAAAGAUAGAGCCAAAGAUUAUGCAAAUAAAUUGAAGAAUUAUGGAAAAAAUAUUGAAUAUGUGGAAUUUGAAGGACAACAACAUGGUUUUUUCACUAUUGAUCCUAAUUCAGAAUCUUCCAAGAAGUUGAUGCUCAUAAUCAAGAAGUUCAUUCAAGACAAUUCUUCUUAG